UUGAUAGAUUGAUGCAGCCGGUGUCACGGAUGCUUUUGCACCAUCGUUCUAUCGUCGGAAGACUGAGCGUACCGUUGAGAUCUCGAAAAAUCUUUGUCGGUCCAUCACCAUUUUCGUACUUUGAAAGUACAAGUUUUUGUAUAUCUUUAUUUUUCAUUUUCGCGAAUGAAACUGAUCUAUUCGAACGCAACAGCAAAUACCCACUUUUGUAGAGAAUCAAAUGACUCAUCGUUCAAAAAAAAAUUAGAUCGAACGAAUGAAAAUUGGCGGAGAUAUUCCAGAAAUACGGAGACCAUCAUUAUUUAUGGCCCACCCGUUAGAUUUCAAUUAUGUUACAGUGUGCAAGUUUGAAUGGCUUGUUAUAAAAAUAGUAUCAUCUGAAUUGAUGACGAUAUUUUGGAAAUUGACUCGAAGACAUAUGAUACUAGUAAGAUAUGUGUGUGCUAUUUAACACAUUCGCAGAGAUGUAAGCUAUCGAUGGCUCCCGGUAUAUUUUAUAAGAAAAAUAACAAAAGACAGUUGCUUUUUCUUUUUUUUCUAUGUAGUGGGUGUCACACGUUCCCUUAUUUACUUCGUCUUGUUCAGUAUUCGAAUCCUUUAUUAUAUUGAGUAAUGUUUUUCAUCGAAACAAUCAAGACAAAAGUAUUUGUCACAAUCAGAACAGAAAGUUUUUAUUCUCUUCGCUGCUAUGUCACUUGCUUCUGUUCGUUGUUGUUGCCUAGUUUUAUAGCCGUCAGCACAGCGUCUUCGUACAUCGCUAGCAGGUCCGUCUUUUUCUUUGAGCUUGUGAUCCGCAAUUUUACACUUCAAACGACUUGCUCAUUGUUGUCUCGGGCUAGGUUUUAGAAAGAAGAGAUCUAUAUGCAUAUUGUACACGUUAUAUGUACGAUUGUAGAAAAGAUACAAGUGAUUCACACUGAAAUAAUGCAUCGCAAAAUGCAUCUGUUUUUAUGAACGCGAGAGAAGAGUAAAAAAUAACAUUACAAAAGAAUACAAAAGAAAAAAAUCGAAACCGCAUUUCGUUGAUCUCGUUCCUACUGCUCAGUAUAAAAGAGAGAAAAACCAAGCUUGAGUAAUUAUUCUGUUUGAAGUGAAAACGGAUUGUCUAUGCAAAAAUGUAAACAAAAAGAGCAAAAGAACUGGUAACAUGUACCAAAAAAAACCAAUAAGUGCGUUUAUCAGAAGGUAGAUGUACACGAAAAUGAAUCUCUGAAAGGUAUUUUUAAAGAAAAUUGAAUCGCCAUGAAUGUGUUUAACAUCUCAAUAUUCAAAUUAUUUGGAAGUCAAAAGAUUACUAAAUGUAAAAUCAUAGAUAACAUGACCUUCUAUCAGCAUAAACAAUUACUUUUUUCAGAAAUUGAUUUUAUGGUAAGUUUAUAUUAAAGAAAACUUGAAGUAGAGCUAGAUAGUACAGUCAAUUGGAGUAUGGCGCUAAGAGUAUUUUCAAUUUUCUUCGAAUUAUUUUUCAAUUCUGAGAAAGAACAUAUAUGUACAAUGUAGGGUUCUUUAAAGCCAAUAGAAGAAUCGAUGUUUUUUUUUGUCAAUAGGUUUGUAUAUAUGUUUAGAUAAAACUCCACUCAGUCGUAUUAACGAAAAUCAGAUUUGGAGUUUGGUUGUUACAAUUCCGGACAUAGGAAGAAAACGACUAACAGAAGAUACGAUAACAGCUGUUUGCGCACGUGUCUUUACUGUAUUUACCAAUCUACGCUAUUUGAAUAUAUAUUCACCUGAUUAUAUGUAUUUUUCGCGAUUUUCAUUUAAUGAUGAACUUUCGACAUUUUUCUCUUCAACUCUGAUGGAAUUACACAUCAAUUUGGAAAACUCAAAUGAUUGUCUUUAUCUCCUUGAUGGUCGAUUCAAUAAACUUCGCGUUUUAUAUGUUAAUAUAGGGUUCAUUUUUCCUACAUCAGCAAUGAUCGGCAACAAGGAAGAAUUACCUAAUUUGAGAUGUUUCUCACUGACCUGUCAAUUAGAACAGAACUAUUACGAUGAAUUAAUUAUACCACUUCUGCAUCGAAUGCCGAAUUUAGAGAGUAUUUCUUUAUAUCUUGCACACGAUCAUAUUCAUAGAUUUAUAGAUGGGAAUGACUUGAAGAAGAAUAUUAUCAAUCAUAUGCCACGAUUAAAUAAAUUUUUAUUUAAUAUUCGUUCAAUUAUUUCUCUGAACGAUCAGAUUUCUUUACUUUCAAAUAAUGAUAUUCAGCGGACGUUUUCAAAUUUUACAGGCAAUCAAAUUAUAUCUUGUGUUAAUUAUUUUCCAAAAAUGAAACGUGGUCAAUGUCAUAUUUAUUCAUAUCCAUAUACACUAAACUAUUAUCAUAAUAUUACAAAUAAUUUUCCAGGUGGAUUAUUCAAACGUGUUCGUGAAAUAUCAUUAUAUGAUGAGCAUCCUUUUGAAUAUGAAUUUUUUAUUGAAAUUGCACAAGCAUUUCCAUCUCUACGAAAAUUAUCUUUAAGCAAUCGAAAAGGACAAAAAUUGAAGAAUAGCAAAAUGAAUUAUCCACUCAUUGAAUAUCCUCAUUUGAAUGAUCUCGAACUUAUCGACAUUCAUAAAGAUUAUGUUGAAUUAUUUUUAGACAAUACGAAAACACUCUUAUCGGACAAUCUAUGUCUCAGUGUUGAAUAUCGUCCAUUAAGAAAAGUGACAAAUAAUUUUAAAAAAGAUACAAUGCGUUUCAAUUGUGCUAAAGUAGUUCAACUAAUGAUUCCUGCUAAAUUUAAAAUAUCUCAACGUUUCAAAGCGUACUUUCCUCAUGUGAAAAUAUCUCAAUUUUAUUAA